CUCCAUCCAACUGUAGACAAGUUCAGAUUCAACAUUCACAAUGACGGAUAAAGGAAAACUUAACACAACUAAUCCACUGUUGGCUAAAUGGACAUUAAGUACAUCAAGUUUGAGUUCAGGUUUAACGACACCCUCCUUAAGCUUGGGGAUCCUAGGAAGCCAAGACAAAAAAGACAAAGACCACAAGAGGAAAGGUAACCUUCAGUCGACCCUAGAUACCAAGAAAAGCAAAAUCUUAGGUCAAACUGACGUCAGUCUUGUUUCUCAAAAACUAGGAACAUCUUUGAGCCUGUCCUCGGGGAGUUUACUUAAGUCAAGCUUACAGACCAAACUGCCUUUGACCUCGGUUGGACUGUUUUCAAGUCUGUCACUGAAAACAUCACUUUUGUCCUCCUCGUCAUUAUUUAGUGAAUCCAGACACCAUGGAUACACAUCUGAAUUUCUUACAGGCAGCCAUGCCAGUCAGACAGAACAAGAGCUGCUAGGGAAAUCUGAGAUAGCUAGAUGCUCGGCAGAUGGAAAACCGAGAAAAAGACAUUCAAAUGAUUCUUCUGAAUCGAGCAAAAAGCAAGAGACGUUAAAGAAGACGAAGGCAGUGCAUGCCAGAAAACAAAAACAAGUGAAGACAAAACAGUCUUAUGAAGCGUUUGAAAUACCACAUCCAAAGUACACUCUUCAACAUGACUUUAGUCAGGAGAAGGCUCUGGAGAUACAAACUUUUCUUGCACCAGAGCAGGACAUCAGUGUCUGCAGACAUUUGAUGCGACCUUUGCAUGAUAUCAAUGGAAUGAAGCUCGCCUUUAUUAAUGCUGUGAGUGCCUCACUUAUCUGCCAGCCCAACUUCAAAAAUGCAAAAGAUGCAGCACGGAUUGGACUUGUAUCUCUGUCGGAAAGUGUUGCACCGUACGACUCUGAGUUUAUCUUGAAGGUUGCGUUGUAUACGAGGAAGCAGCUCAACAUCCGUACAACGGCCAACUUCAUCCUGGCACUGGCCGCCAACAUGGUGCAGUGUCGACCGUACUUGAAGAAAUACUUCUCCGCUUCCAUCAAUCUGCCAUCGGACUGGAUAGAAGUGGCCGAAAUUUACCAGGCAUUUCAUGAUGAAAAUCUCAAGUUUGGAUCUCUGCCUUCAUCUCUGAGACGAGCCAUGAUUACGAAGUUUCCAGAUUUUGACAAGUACCAACUUGCCAAAUACAACAAGGAAAGUUCAAAGAAGAAGAAAAAUAAAGGCACAAAGGACAAAGACGGGAAGAAAGGAUCCGACAAGUUCCGGGGCAACAAACCCGGCAGGAAGCGCAAACUGCCUGACAGCGACACUGGCAGUGACGCUGACAGUGACGCUGACAGUGAUGGGGAGGACAAGAAGAAACCAAAACGCCAGAUCAGUGGAGUGAAUUAUGAUGAGCUCAGUGAUACUGAGGAGGAAUUACAACAGAAGACCUUCACACUGAAACAACUGAUCAGAAAACUUCACAUCAAAGAGCCAGUCGAACAUGUCAUGUGUCUCAUUGGAAAAAAAUAUCCGAGCACUCUGGACGAGUUUUACCAGAGUCGCCUGCCCGGCACGUGGGAGGAGGAGCGGGCGGGGAAGAGGAUGAAGCUGCCGGUGCCCGAGACGUGGGAGACCCAGGUGUCGAUGAAGGGAAACAAGGCAUCCGUGUGGGAAGAUCUCAUUGAUCACAAGAAACUGCCAUUCAUGGCGAUGCUGCGAAAUCUGCGCAACUUGAUCAAAGCAGGCAUUUCCCCAAAACACCACAAGAACAUUCUGUUUCGUCUCACUAAUGAAAGACAAGUUAUUAACAGCAAACAGUUCCCGUUCCGCUUUUUCUCUGCCUACGAAGUGCUGACACAGCUGGAGAAAGAUUAUGAACAAAACCAAAAAGAUCUUGUUAGUGCAGCAGAAAAGACUACUUCAUCUGGAGAUCAAGAUGACAGCCAGGGAGGUAGAGGUGGGAGGGGAGGUAGAGGUAGAGGUGGGAGGGGAGGAAGAGGAGGGAGGGGAGGAAGAGGAGGGCGACGUGGAAGGGGCAAGGGAGAAGGCAGCACUGUACAGUGGUGGAUGAUCAAGAAGAAAAACAAAGCUGGAGACCUCAAUGAAGUUCCCUACGACAAAAGUCUAAUUCAGAGGUACCGUAAAGCUCUUGAUACUGCUGUUAAAAUUGCCACAGUGUACAAUGUUCAGCCAAUCAAAGGACGCACAAUAAUUUUCUGCGAUAUUGGAAAAGAAAUGGAAAUUCCAUGUACAGCUGCAAGGGGACUAGGAAAACCGAGAAUGAUGAAUGAGGUUGCUGUUCUCCUGGGCUUAAUGUGCAAAUAUUCGUGUGAGGAGUGUGAACUCAUUGUAUACGACGAGAAAUUUUACACCAGCGUUGACAUCACCAAAGGAACAAUCCUCGACAACAUGGACACUGUGUUGCAUACACAGAUGAAUAAGAAAGAUAAAUUGUCACAAGGAGUUCCGUAUCAAGUUCUGGUUGAUGUUCUCAGAGACAGAGUCCAGGUGGAUAAUCUGAUCAUCCUCAGUGGGGGAGUCGACCCAGACAGUGACAAGGGCCGAGUUAUGUCUGACUUCCUUAAAGUCUACCGCAGAAUUGUCAAUCCCAACAUGCUCUAUGUCAGUGUAUCCUUUGCUGGCAGGAAUUGUGGGUUUACUGAGAGUAUUAAGCCAGAACAUGACAAUGAUAUCUACAUCUCUGGAUACAGUGACCAGAUACUGAGGUUUAUCGCUGAAAGAGGUGACGGUGGACAGCUGAUGCAUGUGGAGAAGAUUGACGAGGCGUUUGACUUAAAACCAUUGCCAGUGUUCGCACUGGAGCAGAUCCCCAAACCACAGACCAAGUUUAAGCCGGCCAAGCCACUACCGGUUACCAUUCAGACUCCAAGAUGGCGCACUGCUCGGGUUUUCAUCUCAUCCACAUUUCGAGACAUGCAUGGUGAACGUGAUCUUCUAACACGAUUUGUAUUUCCUGAACUGAGAGCAAUGGCGAGAAAGCAUUUCAUCAAUGUGUACGAAGUGGACCUUAGGUGGGGAGUCACUGAAGAAGAGACCAAGGAAAACAGAACACUGGACUUGUGCUUACAAGAAGUGUCGAAAUGCCAGUUCUUCAUUGGCAUUCUGGGAAGUCGUUAUGGCUGGGUUCCGGAGAAGUACAGUGUUCCAGAUACCCCUGAGUUCGACUGGGUGAGGGAAUACCCCCCAGGGGCAUCAGUCACAGAGCUGGAAAUGCACUACGCUGCGCUGUUACGACCUGAAGACGUUCUCGAGAAGGCUUUCUUUUAUAUCAGAGAUACCUCUUUCGAAAAAGAUAUACCAAAAGAAUUUGAGUCAGACUUUCUGCCUGCGAAUGAAGCAAGUGCAAAAAGGCUCAACAGGCUGAAGGACAGAGUGCGACACAGCGGUUUGGAGACCUUUGAUGGAUAUCCCUGUCAGUGGGGUGGAGUUGUCGACAUGAAGCCGUUAGUUGCGCAUCUUGAUGAAUUUGGAUUACGAGUUCUGAACAACAUGUGGACUGCGAUACAGAAGCACUAUCCAGAUGAGGAUGCAGUUUUGGAUGAAGACGUUCACAUAACGAAGCUGCAUGAAGCUUUCGUUGACAACCGCAAUGCACAGUUCAUUGGUCGCAAGACACUGAUCAAAGAAUGCAUCAAGACGAUCUCUGACAUGAAGACCGGGCUGUUGUGCCUGGCCGGGAAAUCUGGCUGCGGAAAGUCUUCACUGGUGUCAUGUCUGGUACACACGUACAUUGAGUCGAAGCAGUGCGUCAAUGCGUCGUCAGUUCUGGUGCACAUCGUAGGAGCUGCUCCUGGAUCCACGAACAUCGUGGCCACUCUGCGCCGACUCUGUCAUGAACUCAACACCCAGUUCGGUCUUCAACAACUGAUACCACAAGAUUACAAGAACUUGGUGGUCAAAUUUGCUGAACUGCUCCGUGAUGCUGCAAAAGUUUGUGGAUCAACUCUUGUCGUUGUCAUGGACGGUCUUGACCUCAUGGAAGAGUCGAACCAGCCCUACAACAUGGAAUGGCUUCCUCUUCCUGUUCCAGAGAAUGUCAUGUUUGUUCUGUCUGUCAUGGAGAACGAACGCUGCCACAAGUCACUGCAACGUCUGAAGGCCAGGGAGAUUGUGAUUGGUGGACUCGACGUGUUUGACAAGAUCGAAGUGAUCAGAACAAGCUUGUCAGCUCAUCGCAAAUCACUCGACGAAACUCCCUUUAAUAACCAGAUGAAGCUGCUGGUGGGCAAGAAAGAAGCACACAACCCUCUGUUCCUGAAGCUGGCCUGUGAGGAGCUGCGAGUGUUCGGAGUCUUUGAAGAGAUCUCCACCAAGCUGAAGUCGCUGCAGCACACUGUGCCGACCAUAUUGCAGGAUGUCUUGUCCAGACUGGAGACUGACCACGGGAAAUCUCUCAUAGCUACAGCACUCUCCCUGCUUGUCUGCUCUCGUGACGGGUUACUGGAUGGAGAGCUGUGGGAUCUCCUGUCAUGGCACCAGCAGCUUGCUGGAACCAAGUUUGUAGUGAAGGACCUGUCCAAUCUUGAAGUGCCCACUGAGAAGCGGUUGCCUCCAAUCCGAUUUUCCUAUCUGAAACGGUCCAUCCAGGGAUUUCUAAACCCAACAGGCAGCUGGAACCCGCAGCUGAGUCUGGCACACAAGGAAAUAGUGACUGCCAUCAGACAGCGCUACUUUAAGGGUUUGGCAGCAGACACUGAGGUCUCACUACACAAGCUGCUGGCUGGCUAUUGGUACAGGCUGGCCGAUCCUAGUAACGAUGGGUCCUGGAAAAGUAACUGUACACGGGCGUUCUCUGAGCUGCCGUACCAUCUGAUAUGCUGUAGUGACUUCCGUGACCUUGAAGAUGUUCUGUGUGACCUUCGAUUUAUUCAUGCCAAAUGCCAGCUUGGUCUCAUGCCACAGCUUAUGGAGGAUUUCACACCAAAAGCAACCAACAACAGAUUUCUGGAAAAGGAACAGUCAAGAUUUUUUGCUUUACCACGAAUACAACAGUACAAAUCGUUUGUGUCCAGAAACCUUCACAUAUUGACCAGCCACCCUGCACUUACGUGGCAGCAAGCAAUGAAUGAUCCCCCGGACACCUUCCCAUCGCGUGAUGUGGAGUCUCUUCACAGAAGUGGACAUCUGUCGGACAACAUGUUGUACAUGGAGUGGACGAAUAAACCCACCAGUACUGACCCCUGCUACCUCACCAUCAGCAGUCUCCCGCAGCCAUCAACAUGUGUUGCCAUAUCCCCAGAGAGUCGGUAUCUGGCUGCUGGCGGGCUCGACGGUUUGGUCAGAUUAUAUGACAUGGCCACUGCUAAGUUGGUAAAGACAUUCCGUGGUCAUGCGGACAGUGUGACUGAUGUGUGUUUUGCCGGAAAGGGAACUCUGUGCAGUGCUUCAGUAGAUAAAACUCUCAGCUUGUGGAACGUUGAAGAUGGACACAGGAUUGCUGUUUUGAAGAGUCACCAACGUCGUGUUAACUCCUGCGCCUCUGACUUGACAGGAAAGCUGGUCGCCUCCGCAGGGUGGGAUUGCCAGAUCGGAAUCUGGAACACAAACUCUGGGUCUGGUGUUUGUAGUCUAAAUGCUGGAAGUCCUGUUAACGCUGUGGAUUUCCACCCUGAUGGCCAGCUCAUUGCUACAGGAUGCUGGGAUGCCACCAUUAAGAUUUGGGAUAUCUUCCACAAAACGAGAAAAGCUAUCCUGCGAGGUCACAGUUCUUCGGUUCGUGAUGUGGCAUACUCCCCAUCAGGCCGCCAUAUUGCCUCAGCAGCUCUAGACGGGGAUGUCAAGAUCUGGUCCGCAGCAAAUGGAUCUCAGGUUGGAAAUAUUCGUGGACAUGCAUUACCAAUCAACAGACUGAUAUUUACUCCCACCGGAAAGGAACUGAUCACUGUCAGUGAUGACCACAAGGUUAAGGUUUGGUCCGGCCACCUUGGGGUUCCACUGCAUUGUUUGGGUUCGGAGAAGAACGGCCCGGUCACUUCAGUAGCUCUGUCCCCCACUGGGAAGAACGUGGCCGCAGGCUACCAUGAUGGACACACACGCAUCUUUGAUGUUAACACAGGGCUAAUGUUGGUUGAAGUAAAACAUAACAGUGCCCGCAUUCAAGCCAUGACGUAUUGUUGCCAUGGAGACUACAUACUCACCGGAUCAGAUGACUGCAGUGUCUUGUUGCUUCAAUCCUAUACUGGUGGGAAGCUUGCCAGUUUCGAGGGUCACACUAAACCUGUUCUCUGUGUCUCAGCUACGAAAGAUGUGGUGGCCACGGCUGGCGAAGAUUAUACCUGUCUCAUCUUCUCUGGACCAGAAAUGGCCACCAAAUACAAAAGGUUACAGCCACAAAGAACGUUAAGUUACCACACUGGCCCCAUAACGAGCUGCACAUUCAACAACGACGGGACCAAGCUUGCUACUGCUAGCAGAGAUUCGUCUAUCAUCAUCUGGGACAUGCGUAUUGUUCAGAUGGAUCCAGAUCCGGAACCGGAGAAAGUUCUUCAAGCCUGCCACUCUGACUGGAUCAACGACUGUCGGUGGUCGAACACUGGAGACUACCUGGUGACUGCGUCCAAUGACUUUAAUCUGAAAGUCUGGGAUGUCAAGACUGGUUUGGAGAAGAACAAACUUACUGGACACAUGUCAGCUGUCAACAAAAUAGCCUAUCAGUAUGGCUGUAUAGUGUCAGCUUCCAGUGAUGGGUUAGUCAAGGUGUGGUCUCACAAGGGAACCGAAAUCACCACACUUCACGGACACACACAGCGGGUGAACUGCUGUGACAUUUUGGUCAAGGUCAAAGAGGAAGAACAAGUACAAGAAGACGAACCAAUGGAUUGGAGUGCCAUGGAAGAGGAACUCCCAGUAUCCAAACCACAGACAUCGAAACCUGUAGUCAAAAUGGAGGAGGUCACCGUGGCAACAUGCAGUGAUGAUGGUCUGAUUAGACUGUGGCUGCCAUUGCAGGCAAACGAACUGGCAAGCCUGACAGGUCACUCUGACCGCGUGUUAUCUGUCAGUUCAGAUAAAUCUGGUAACAUUGCCAGCUGCUCUCUCGACAAGUCGAUUCGGCUCUGGGCUCCUCAGCUGUCCAAUGUGAAGGUCACAGGUCACCAUGAUGCUGAGGUCACAUUUGCUGUUUCCUGUGUAGGUGGUGGCACCACUCUCACUGGAAGCAGAGAUGGAAUAGUAAAGAUUUGGUGUGCUUCUGAAGAAACCCCCGCCAUCUUGGAAUGUGUUUACAGUUUUAAGGCUCACGAGAAGUCUGUGAACUGUGCUGCAUUUGUGAAUCGCCAAGGGUUGAGGUUUGUGACAGGAUCUGACGAGAAUGAAAUAGUAUCAUGGGAGGUGAUCAGAAAGAAAAACAGUGUGCUUGUUAAAAAAGGGAAGACAUUUGCAACAUCCACUCCAGUGACAUGUCUGGUGUGGAAUGAGUUCAUACCAUCGAAGUCGGGUCUGAUAUUUUUCUCCGCUCAGUGGGAUGGAAGUGUGUUGGUGUGGAACACAGAUUGCAAUACACCUGUCACUCAAUUCCACAGACACAUUACGAAGCAUGGCUUUUAUAAGGUGUGGGUUGUGAAGAUGACUUUCAAUGUCUCGGAGCCCCAUCAGUUACUAACAGCAGGCACGGACGGGAAAGUCAUUGUCCUGGACACCAGGAAAAUCUAUAAUGCUGAUUAUGAAGUUCCUGGUCAAAUUGAAAGCAUCAGCAUUGACAGUGAGGAAACUGACAAAGACAUUUCUCCUGAAAAGCGUCAGGGUAACUGGAUACUGGACGUCGUUCAGAAAGAUACACAGAUGCUGUGUGUAGAUUCAAAAGGGCAGCUAACUGUGGUUGAAAAGGGGAAAAGUACAAGUAGAAAGAUGCAUGGAGAAAGCAUUACAGCUUUAGUUGUUGAUAAGAAUACACUGAUAACGGCCAGCUGUGACCGGACCAUCAAGGUGUGGUCGGCUCAACUUGAUCAGGUUGGUCAGUUCUUCUGCUCGGCACCAGUCACCACCAUGACACUGGUAACUCGGACCUCAAACCGACUUGGUCUCGUGUGUGGCGAUCGUCUUGGAAACGUAUACCAGUUGACCUGGUGUUACUAACUCUGUACAGUGUGAAACAGCUCAUGCAUAUUAGCAGUUGACCUAGCGCUACAAUAUCAUAUACCAGUGACCCAGUGCUAUCAAAUCUGUACAGUACAAAACAAUUUGCACAUAAAUUUGUGAAACACUACAUAAUGUACAUGUAUACUUGUAGAAAAAUGUGAUUCUCAUACUUUGGUGUCAUAUGGGAAUUUUAAAAGGGGUUUAUUUAUUUAUUUAUUUAUUUAUUUUAAUGUACUAACUUAUUUUAUGGCUAAUGUUAAAUUUCAUCAAAGCAAAAAAAAACUGUAAUAAAAAUAAACUGGGAAAUGCUGAAAUGGGGUUUGUUUGCAAUCCCCGAUGAUGUGCACAUACAGAAUUCAGAAAUAUUCUGAAAUUAUGAAGAUUAAUUAGAAAAUGGGUAUAUAACUGAACUCAAAAUCAAUGGGUCAUUGGUUAUUAAGAAAGUACUAAGCUUGUAAAUAAAAUUGGAUUGAGAACGUCACUUAGUCUCAGGGUAGUUGGCAUGUUGGGUGACCAAGGAGGUGGGAUCCUAUUUGAAGGAGGUCUUUUUACCUAAGAAGGACCUAGUUUCAUAAUUAUUAAAAAAAAAAAUUGUUAGAAAAUCUCACAAUAAGUGUAUGUCUGUGAUAUAUAUAAAAAACACUUAUAUAGUUAAAAUUUAUUUAUUUAUGAAACAUGAAAAACAAAGAAAACAUUUGUACAUAAAUUGUAAAAAUUAACAAAGUGUGUUUUAUAAAUAUUGACUGUAGUACAUAAAUCAUGAAAUUUACAUGUAUGUGAACCCAUAGAGUUAAAUAAUUUAUAAGUCUUUGAUAUGUUUUUGUGUAUUAUCUUCAUAUAAUAUUUGUAUUCUGAUUUGUAUUGUUGCUGUUGAAGUUACUUUUUAUCCUGAUAUAUCGGUGUGUUCAUUUUUUUUUCAUAUUUGUUUGUUCUCCAUUAUGGAUAGUUCAAUCAGUUGUUUUAUACAAAGAAUUUUAGGCCUUCAGCCCAUAUUACAAUCAAUGUAUUACACUUUAGUGUAUAGUGCACAUUUAUAAAAUAUAUAAAUAUAAAACAGAAACAUAUAAAUAUUCUCAGACAAAAUUGCAUCUUUUCAGUGUAUUUAGUAAAGCUGUCAGUGUUCCAUUGUGGAUAGUUUAAAAAAACAUGCAAGUUACAGAGAUUGCUACAUAAUUUUAAAACAUUAAAUGUUCAAUUGACUAGAAAUACCAUUAAUCAAGCUGGAAACUUGUAGAGAGAGAAAUGUUUUCCAUCUCAGGACAACAGAUAUUUAAAAUCUAUUCAGUAUGUUUCAAUAUAUAUAUAACUGAGCAAUAUUUGUUACAUCAGAUGAUGUUGUUUCUUAAUUUUGUGAUUAACCAAUAAAACUGAAUAUAAAGAGCACCUUGUAGAAUAACCAACUGGCUAUAGUGGACACUUCUGGACCACUAGUUAUAAAAACAUGUGUGACUGGACUUCACCGUGAAACAUUUAUUUUAUAAAACUUGUCUCCAGACUUUUAUCUUGACACAUUUAUUAAGGUUUUACAAGCACGGACCCCAACAUGCAUUAGAUAUAUUACCCGUGUAAAAAGGCCACAUUUUGUAUGUCCCUUUGGUAACUUGCAUAGACAUGAUAAUAUAAAGCACUUUAAAAAUUAAGUCAGACAUUCUGCAGUUCUGAUAGUUAUGUAUGAUACUUUAUUUUUGAUUAUGAGUGUAUGUAAAUAUUUAUUUAUUGUAAUAAUACAAACUUGUGCAUGUUAGUAGCCGGUUGUUUAAUUUAAAAACAUUAUUUCAUUAUUCUUGUUCUAGAUAAAUGAGUUUGUAAAUACUGUAUGUAAAACAUUCUUAUAGGAUGGUGAAAUUGUAGGAGAGCUGAAAUACAUUGACAGUCAUCAAUGUGUUAAGUACAUCUGCAUUCUGAUACUACUAUAUAAAUUAUUACGCAUUCAUUAAUUUUUAGUUUUAUGAAACUAACAAGUGUGGUAUUUGGUUUACUGUUGCUAUUUGUUGUACAUGUGUUAUUCGACUGAAAAAGUUCUGGUCUUUUUAACCUCGUUUUGCUGUGGAAUUAAUCUCCUCAUUUAAAAAAAAAAAAAAAAAAAAAAAAAAAAAAAUGUCCUAUAGUAUCUCAGCUUAAA